CACCACCGCUUCAGCUCCAACCCCGUCGAGAACCACCGAGCCCAGACCUCCCCGGAGAGGCAACUCUUCUGCUCCUUCCCUCCACCAUGGAGUACCUCUCUGCCCUGAACCCCAGUGGCCUGCUCAGGUCAGUAACCAGUAUGAGCUCCGAUUUGGGCCGUAAGGUCUGGACCUCGGCUCCACCACCCCCGCGACCUUUCCGCAUCUGUGAUCACAAGCGGGCCACCCGGAAAGGCCUUACAGCUGCCACCCGCCGGGAACUGCUAGACAAGGCACUGGAGACUCUGACGCUGAGUGGAGUGCUAACACUGGUGCUGGAGGAGGAUGGGACCACAGUGGAGAGCGAGGACUUCUUCCAGCUGUUGGAGGAUGACACAUGCCUGAUGGUGCUGGAGUUGGGACAGAGCUGGAGCCCCAGCAGGGGUGGGGUGCUGUCGUAUGGCCUGGGCCGAGAGAAGCCCAAGCACAGCAAGGACAUCGCCCGCGUCACCUUCGACGUAUACAAGCAAAACCCUCGAGACCUCUUUGGCAGCCUGAACAUCAAAGCCACGUUCUAUGGGCUCUACUCCAUGAGCUGUGACAUUCAAGGACUCGGCCCAAAGAAAAUACUCAGGGAGCUCCUCCGAUGGGCCUCCGCACUGCUGCAAGGCCUGGGCCACAUGCUGCUGGGAAUUUCCUCCACCCUUCGUCAUGCAGUGGAAGGGACUGAGCGGUGGCAGCGGGAGGGUCGCCUCCAACCCUACUGAGAAGGGGCUCUGAGCUUCUGCCCCUAGACUCAUUCCAAGAGACAGACUGUAAGGACUGUGACAGCAUCAAGUUUGGGGCCUACACACAGUGCAGGCUCACUAACCCACCUGUUUUCCCCAGUCUUCUGAUCCCAUAGUGACAGGCCCAUCAGCCUAACGCCUUCCACCCCAGCCUAUACCCAUUGCUGAAGAAUACUAUCCAUUCCUAGCCAUCUUUCCAGCCUCCCACUUACCCUGAAAGGCCACAGCCUGUCCACAGGCAUCUGGAUCCCACCCUGAUUGCUGCUACAUCUAGAGGUCCUUACCACUCCCCUCCUGUCCCUAAGCUCCCCAGUGCCCUGAAGAGAGCCCUCUCUAACUUUACCUUGAGAUCUCUAUUUCUUUGUACCCUUCCCCCGCAAAAUAACAAAAGUGUUUCCAGUAAAAAUAUAAAAAUGUUUA